AUGAGGGGGGACGUAGUGCGAAACUUCCACGACCCCCAGAGUGACAAGGAGGUCAAGGGCUGCCUGGAGUUCUUCUACAACGACAGGGUGCCCGACUGGGGUGCGAACAAACCUGGCACCUUCCAUUUGUGUCAGCGCCACAAAGAACAAUACCGAUUCGCCACGCUGCAUGACACGCAGCACCGCAUCGCCGUCUACUCAGCCUACCGCUUUCAGACCGUCACUGACGAGCUAAAGACUGACAACAACUGGUUUCUGGAACCACAGCUUGUGGACCAAAACUGGGACGGGGAGAUGAUGGAUACCAUGGACCUUGAAGCUCUACACAAGGGGGUCUCCUUGGGUGAGAAGCAGGCUCUCGAUAAUGACUACAAAUCCAGUGGCUAUGACCGCGGGCACCUCAGUCCCAGACAACAUCAUUCAGGAGUUGCCCGCCAGGCCACGUUCACGCUCACCAACGUGGUGCCCCAGACGCGCCACCUGAACGGAGACGUGUGGGACAAAUACGAGAACGAGCUGGUGAAGGAAUUUAAAAAAAACAAAUGCGACCGGGCCUACAUGCUGGUGGGCGCCAUCCCGUCCGACAGCUCCAUCCUAACCAACACGCUCAAAAAAGAAGGCCGAGUCAAUAUCCCCACCCACGUCUGGAACGCCUACUGUUGUGUGGACCAAAACGGCCGGCCCAUCAACAGCGGCGGGGCCACUGCCGCAAACACUGCAAAGGGCAGCCAAUUGCAAAGGCUCACACUCCAAAAGCUGCAGGAGUUCCUGAGUACUGAGUCACCACCACAGCUGUUCCUCAACAACUGCGAAGCUUAG